UGACGGACACUGACUGGACUCUCGUUGCUUGCUAGAAGACUCCUGGAAAGUUCUAGCAAGCACCCGAUCACCUCCUUCACUGGGAAAUUCUAUUUUUCCUCAAAGGGACACUUUAGGAGCAAGUGAUCUUUCUCCCCGCUUGUGCGGUAAGUCUUCUGAUUGACAGGCCGGUGGCAAGGUCAGGGAGGUGGCUCAGGUGCCCUGGAGGUCCCAGAGGGCGUGGGUCUGGAUGUGUGAAAGGGCUUCAUGGGCCUGAGGGACCAUCUGGAGGAUGGGACAGGCCUGGGGCUGGAUCUGGACUACCUCCACGUGGAAGGCGCUGAGCGACCCGAAGGUCUGGGCGCCGCAAAGAAAGCUGGGAAUGUCACAGCGGUGGGCUCUGGUGCCCUCAGUGACAGCACCAGCAGUUUGGAUAGCAGCAGCGCUAGCUUUAGCAGCUUCUCCGAGGAGAGCGGAGAAAGUGAAGAUGAACGUCUCCAGGCUCAAAACAGAGAACCCCUCACCAGGCUGGACCUGGCGGCAAACCAACCAGUGGAAACAUCCCCUCACAUUCAGGCUACCACUGAUUGGCGCAGCAAAGUGGACUUUGCUCUGAAACUGGGCUACUCUGAAGAACUGGUGCUGCUGGUGCUUCACAAACUGGGCCCGGCUGCACUCAUCAAUGAUAUCCUGGGAGAACUGGUCAAACUGGGGACCAAAGCUGAUGUGGAGCAGCACAGAAGUGGAAGCGCACAGUCUCCUUCUUCCUCUCUAACAUACGCCUCCUCAUCUUCAAGUGACUCCUGCAGGCUGCUGUGCUCGUCCAAACUGCUGGAGGACAAAGACAACCUUCGGCCUGUUGUGGUGGACGGAAGCAACGUGGCCAUGAGUCAUGGCAAUAAGGAAGUGUUCUCCUGUCAAGGCAUCCAACUGGCUGUUGAUUGGUUCCUGGAGCAAGGUCACCGUGACAUCACUGUUUUUGUCCCUGCCUGGAGGAAGGAGCAAUCCCGUCCGGACGCUCUCAUCACAGACCAGGAAGUUCUACGGCAACUGGAAAAGGACAAGAUCCUGGUCUUCACGCCGUCGCGCCGCGUGCAGGGACGCAGAGUUGUCUGUUACGACGACCGUUUCAUCGUCAAGCUGGCCUACGAGUCCGACGGCAUCAUCGUGUCCAACGACAACUACCGCGAUCUGGCCAAUGAGAAACCGGAAUGGAAGAAGUUCAUCGACCAGCGGCUGCUGAUGUAUUCCUUUGUCAACGACAAAUUCAUGCCCCCAGACGACCCGCUCGGACGACACGGACCCAGCUUGGAGAACUUCCUCAGGAAAAGACCGAUUAUACCGGAACACAGGAAGCAGCCGUGUCCUUACGGGAAGAAGUGUACAUACGGCCACAAGUGCAAGUUCUACCACCCUGAACGGGGUAGCCAGCCUCAACGUUCUGUAGCUGAUGAGCUCCGUGCCAGCGCCAAAAUGUCCUCAGUGGCGUGUAAAGACCAGGUGGAAGACGCCCUGAUGGUGAAGAACCAAACGUCAGUCCAAGCAGAGGAUCGGUCCGAGUCCUGCCGGGGAACCCCAAAGAAACAGUUCAGCCCUCUGAGCUCCCUCACUGAUCUCUUGGAGGAGCAGCUUCGAGUGCAGUCCAAAGUGGAAGCCCGCAGGGGCAGCAACGGCUGCAGUAGAAGUAUUUUUGGGCAACCCACGCAAGGGAUGCCCUCUUUCUCAGGAAACCUGGAUGAAUGGGAUUAUCCAGGAGGGAUUGGGGGUGGAUUCGGGGGAUCCACAAGACCACCACGCCAUGCUGAAAGUUACCAUCAAUCCGAGUGUCCGGUGUUGGCCUACAACUCCAUGGUGAAGACCUCUUCCAUCCUCAGUCUUCCCGCUCUGGAGAGUCAAGAGCGCUUUCUCCCAGACGAUUUGCAAGCACGGCAUCUUCCCUCAGACUGCAGCAGCGACAGCAGUGUCGGUUCUGACACCUUCUCUCCUGAUGCCGUUUUUGACGACAAGGCUUCGUGCCACCAUCACCACCGUCAGCUUCGUCAUCAUCACACCCCUCAUUGCUGCUCCAACCAGUACGUCCGACCUGUUAGCCGUAGUCCUCCUGGUCUGAGCCACCACACUGGAAGCAGAAGACAUGAUUUUGAUGCAGAAGAUCCUCCUUCUCUGAGUCCUCUACAUCCCUUCCAAGCUGCAUCCGCUCACAUCCCACCUACUCAUCUUCAGCAUUCAGUGCUGAGCAGAUAUCCAGGUGAAUGCCUCGGUCCUAUCAUACGUCCACUCCAAACAUCCAGUGCUCGCACAUUUUCUCAGGGAUCCCUUCUGGGCUGUAGUUUGACAAAUUCCCUUUGGAAAGAAGACAGGCUGCAGGACACCAGAGCAUAUGAAGGGUCACAUUUUCCUCCCAGGAGGAACUACUCAGAGCUACAACAACAGCAGCAGCAGCAUCAGCUGAACUGGGACCAGCACUACCAGCAUCCCCCAAGACCUUGUUAUGACCUCUUUCCCUUCGAGAACCUUCCCGAGGGACCUGAGAAAGUCUGGUCCUCUCCUUGGAGCAGACAUUCCUCACCACGGCACCUCGCGGUGCAACCACCCCUUCCAUCCGCCAUCCUGCAACAGGAGCCCUCCUACAUGGGUCAGUACCAGGACCAAAGGGAGAGGGUGUAUCUUAACCUCUGUGGCAUCUUUCCAGCUGAUAUGGUGAGGGUGGUGAUGACCAGGAACCCUCACCUGAUAGAUGCUCAGGAGCUUGCUGCCGCCAUAUUGAAGGAGAAAGCGCAGGAGAGUUCUUGAACGUUUUUGUAAUCAUUCAGGUGGAUCCACUUCAGGCUGAAGACUUCAAGCUCCUUCACACUUGGUCCCUUUUAGCCAUCAAACUCAUUCUACACCGCCGAAACGGCAUUCGGUUAGCUUGGAAUCCUUGGAUCCGGGCUCACUUAGCCUCGUCUUGCAUUGUAGUGCCUCAGACCUGAAGUGGAUCAAGAAAGAGAAGUCACUCCUCUUUGAAAUUGCAAUGUGAACCCAAAAAGAAGUGUGUUUUCGGCUGAGUGACUUUUUGGUCCACUUGCGUCUGUUUGGUUUAAAAAGGAGACUUCAUGUGAAAGCAUCCCUAAUAUCAGCGCUAUUUCUUUCCCCAAACUGACAUUUUUCCAAAAAUAUGCUACUUCAGCACUUAAGAUCGGAGUGUUUGGGGGUCGUGAUGCGCACGUUUGUGAGUCCAGGCUUUCAAGGGUAACGGUGCAUUUUUGAAACAAAUAUUUAUUUGUCAUACUUUUAAGUUAUUUAUACUAUUUUGAUUUGGGCACUUUUUGUUAUGUUUUUUUCUUUUUUGGCAAUCAUAUCAGGGUAUUAAGUCGUGACUGAAGCCUACCUCGGACUUUUCCUGCUCCUUGACAAAACACACUCAAAUACGGUGCACCAGUCGACUUAUGUUCCAUAUCGAGAUGACACGGGUUUCCCCAAAAAAGGGAAGUGAAACUCAGUCGGUGCCAAACAGGAGGCGGGGGGGCGGGGACUUCCAUCAAAACCCCCAGCCGGUUCGCGUUUGAUUUGAUUUCCUGUGACUUUUGUUCAAUUGUGUAAGGCUGCUGGCGCCAUAGCUCAGUAAGGUGAGGAUUAUUUAGUAUACUUGUCUUUUCGGAGGUCACCAACGAGAGUUUUGUGUUCAACAUGAACGCCACGCAAGACUGUGCUCAUGCAAUGCAUGCCGUAAAAUAAUAAAAAUACCUAAUAUAUCAAAAUCAUUCUAUUACAUUUCAGUGCAGUAAUUCACUGACUAAGUUAGAGAACAAAGAAUGUUUACCUUAGUGAAAUAUUUAUUUUAAAGUAUAUCACACAAAGUUGGUCAAUUCCAAAUGUAUUCCUCACAGCUGCCUUUUCUUGGUUGUUCUUUUUAAGUGCAUGAGUGAAUCCAUCCACAGCGAAAGCACCAUCAACGGCAAGGCAGUAGUUGUGUUAGAAAUAAAUCCUACGAGUGUAUAUACAGUAUAUGCAGUAAUCCCUCGCCAAUUCAAAUUUCACUGCUUCACUCUUAUUACAGUUGGAAUCACGUCAAAAAUAUGCAUAUUUAAGGAAACGUUACAUAUUUUUUGCCUCAGUGAAGCAUUUUUAAGCAUAAAAGUGGCUAAAUGAACUCAAAUACACAUAUAAGGCAUUCAGUCAAGGACGUUGAUGAUAUGUAGCAUUCUUCACUGGUCACCAGGUGUCAGUCAUGUUCGCUGAGACACACAAGCGCCAAACUUGAUCGCCGGAACAAAAGGCUUUUUUUUUUUGUAGGUUUGGAUGCCGUAAUCCACGCCAAGCUGAAACCCCCCACGCCACUUCCUGUCGGCCUGCACACACACGAGCAGGAGUAUUUACGUCUUAAAUGGCUUAUUUUCUGUUCUGUCUACUAUAUUGGAGUGUAAAGGUGACCAUAGGGGUGUCAUGUCAUGUCUAGAGCACUCUAAUAAUGGUAAAAAAACGGAUUUGGAAGCUUGUAAAUAGGUUUUCUAUGCUCUAACUGGAAAAUAUUCCAUUUCUAAAUAUGGAAUUGCAGAAAUUCACUUAUCAUGGUGACGUCUGGAACUAGUUAACUGCAAUAAAUGAGGGAUUACUGUACAAUACAGUAUAUAUUGUCUCAUAGCGCCAUGACUUUUAUUAGGUUGUUGGACAGAUUUACUUCUAAUUUAGGCUUUUUAAAUGAGCAACUACGGGUCUCAUUUCGCUUCCAAGCACUUGCGGCCGCGUUUCCAGUGCGAAAUACUGAAUAACUUUCAGACUUAGUCGCUCAUGCAGCAUCUACAAACUUGUUCUUUGUUGAUACAAAUUGUAUCCAAUGGCGAUGUUCUUGUCUUUAUAUGAGAAUAUAAGAUAUGUUGAGUAUUUGUGACAAAGUUUGUCACAUUUUUUUUAACCCUUUAGGUGCCAGAGUUUUUUUCCAGCUUUGACAUUACUGUACUCUUUCAAAAGGUUGUAGCUUGAAAAUGGUUAGCGAUAAAGGCAUACUGUAAAUUAGAAUCAUCAUGGUCUUUCACUUGGAUCGCGCUUUUCCACCUCCGAGGCACUCAAAGCGCUUUGACACUGUAGGCGGGUUUGCCUACUGAUGACGCAGCAUCGGGACCAUUUGGGGGUUGAAUAUCAUGCCCAAGGAUACCUUCAGGUUGGGAGUAAAUGUGGAGUAAAUGUAGUCAUCUAAUUUGCAUAUUAUGACAUCACCAGGCUUGGAAUUUGAGAUACCGGAUCACUUUCAUAUCUGAUCCACUUGCGAUACUCAGCCAUCAUCGUCGUCGUUUACAGCGGAAUCGUGAACACCACUGCUGCCUCAGCCGCUAUUACAUACUGGAGAUGGAUAUAAAGUAUCUAUUAUGCCUGGGAAUAUUCUAAUUCAGGGGUGUCCAAACCUUUUCCAGCGAGGGCCGAAUACUGAAAAAUGAAAGGAUGCAAGGACCACUUUGAUACUUAGUAUACGAGAAUUCUUGUAAAAUUGUGACUUUUUUCUUAAUAUUUUGACUUUAUUCCCAUUAGAUUACAGCUGUUUUUUUCCAUUUCUAGUAUUUUUUUUUAAUUUUCCAACUAUUUCAUUUCGGCUUUCCUCUUGCAAAUUUUCUUCUUGUAAUUAUAACUUUAUUCCCAGAAUAUUUUUUUCUCUUUUAAAACAAUGUAUUUUUUCUUUAUUUCAACAUUGUUACUAAAAUAUUUUUCCUCAUUUUUCAAGUUUAUUCUCAUAAAAUUGAAACUAUUUUUUCUCUUCAUAUUUUUCACUUUACUCUGGUAAAAUUUCUGCUGUUGAUUUUAAAAAAACACAUUUUUCCAAAUAGUUCUACUUACUUCUUGUACAUUUUCUUCUUCAUAUUUUGACUUUAUCCCUUUUAUACAUUUUCCCCCCACCUAAGUUUCUAAAAAUUACAACUUUAUUCACUGUUUUUGACAAUAGAACUUUCUUCUUUAAUAUUUCAACUUCAUGCUACUAAAAUGAUAUUCUUGUGAGAUUACAACUCUUCUCUUAAAAUGUUGACUUUUGAUUGAUUUUCUCAUUUUUGCAGCUGUUUUCUUUUUUAAAAAAUUAACUUUCCUUGUUAAAUUCCGUUUUUAGACUGUGAGGUGGGCCGUUAAAGGUCACAGCCGCGGGCCGCAAAUGGCCCCCGGGCUGCACUUUGGACACCCCUGUUCUAAUUCAUCCAGGUCGUUGUAUUCACAGGUCAUAUCUGUCUAUUAGCAGUGCAUUUUCUGCCAAGGAGUCUCCCGCGUAUGCCGCUAUUUUCGCAUUGAAGCACCACAUUUGCAGACAUGACUUCAAAUGACAACAAUUCAGCAACGUCGCUUGUGCAAUUCUGCGACUUCGGCGCUUAAAGGGUUAAACCGCUAUUCAUAAGAGUGUGUGUUGGUGUUCACGUGACGACAAACACGUCCUCACGUUCUUCGUCUCAGGGGUCGCCGCCAUGUGUGCGCGCUGAUGCUCCAGCCACUAAUGAUGUCAUUUCCCAGUGAUGAUGACUAUGAAGAUGCUGGUGUUCUUACGACUGUAUGCGAGUGGUGCGUCAUGUUGGCACUCGUCAACAAAACAUGACUCUUGAGCUCGAAAUCCCCAAAGUCUCAGGCAGACUUGCAGGUCGUAGGUCACGACUGGGACACUCUAAUGGAAAAACUGUUUUCAUGUCAGGUGGUAAAAGUGGCAAACGUGUCUGCAAAUGUCGUGGUCAUUUCUGUUCAUCAUGCAUGUCGUUGCUCCUCCUGCCGGUUAUCCAUGAGAUGCCCACCUUGCAUAGUAGAAAUAAAUGGAGAAACUUGACACGAGCCAAAAAUACACAACUCACGCACAAGAACGUGCACUAUGUUGACGUGUCACACGAUGAAUCCCAUUGCUCCUCCCACCAGUUAUUCAUGUGUUCAUAAUAGAAAUACACAGAAAGACACAGGUAGACUGGUCAUACAGUAUAAUUAAUACGAUUGCUCCUCCCACCAGUUAAUGAUAACCAGCUUCCAUCCAUCGUCUAUGCCAUCUUAUCGCGGUGGUAUGCCAGAGCCUAUCCCAGCUGACAUGGGCCAGAGGUGGGGUACACCCUGAGCUGGUCGCCAGUCGAUAGCAGCGCACCUGUACAAAAACAACCAUUCGCACUCACAUCAUACCUGUGGGCAAUUUUAGAGUCGCCAAUUAACCCAGCAUGCAUGUACGCGUGCGUGCAGAGAUGCCCAAUGGAGAUUGGAACCCAAAUGUGGCCAACAUGCUACCCACUGGGCCGCCGUGCAGCAUGAUCAACAGCUUGUGUAAGAAAAUAAAAGGACUCAAAAUAAUCCAUCCAUCCAUUUUCUAUACCGCUUCUCCUCUUUAGGGUCGCGGGGGCAUGCUGGAGUCUAUCCCAAUAAUCCACAAAGUAAAAGCACGUUAUGCUUGUUCACACACAAGCACCUGUAGACCUGUGACAUAAUGAGUUAUUAACUUGCAUGAUACAAAUACACAGUAGCACUCAAAAGAAGCCACAAAGCCCACAGCACGGUGUUCCCUCGGUUAUCGCGGUGGAUAGGUUCCCAAAAUAGCCCACAAUAAGUGAAAUCCGCAAAGUAGCCAAGGUUAUUUGUUAAUUAUUAUAUAUGGUUUAAGGCUGUAAAAGCCAUACACUUUUCUCAGACAGGCAUUAACAUUUCCUCACAUUUCUCUCUUAUUUAAACACUUUCAAUGAUGAUCGACCUGCUUGGACACAAGAAAUUCUUGAGUGACUCACACGUUUUCACUCCUCUGAUCGUGCCUCGCCCUGGCGCCGUUCGGCUGCAGCGUUUUUGUAUCCUUGUUAAAACAUCUUGCUCCUGUGGUCGUAUUUUUGUCUUCUAUUGUUUACAGUAUUGGCGGUUACCAAGCAGCUCACACGGUUAGCUAGUUUGGCAGCCGCCACCAAAACAGGAGACAGACCGAAGGAUUGACAGCGGUCUACAGCCAAUCACAGACAAUGGGCGGUGCAGACAGAAGAGAGAAUAGAGAGACGCCUCCUCCUCGUGCAAAAGCACAAUGCAAUUCUUCUUAAAAGGGCCAGGCCCCGCCUGUAACAGCGUUCAUAUGCUGUAAAAAACAAAAACAAAAAACUAAAAUUGCGCUUAAGAAACAAACAAACUGCGAGUCAGCAAAAGGUGAACCACGAUGGAGCGAGGGAACACUGUGCUCACACGUGUCAUAUAACCAAUGGAAGCGCACCAUUUGUUAAUGAUAAAAGGCCACCUUACAUAACAGAGAUGACUAGAAAGACUGAAAACAAUCCACCACGUAAAAAAGCCCAGAGUGCGUUUGCUCACACACAUGCACGUAUUGAGCAUGGAUGUGUCAUAUCGUUAAUGUGAUCGCUCCCACCACUUGUUCAUGAUAAAGACCACCGCAGAACGAAAGUUAUGUUGCUAAAAUAUUACAAACGUUUUCAAAAUAAUUGAUAAUUCUCCCAGCAAAUGCUGCAUUUAAUGUAUUUCCACUUUUACUGCGCUUUAACUCAAAUCCUACUCACAAAAAGGUUUGACUGCUUUCCUUAACGGCAGUUUUAAUAAGCAAACCAAAAUAUUGGACUGUGGCCGCUCCAUCUUAAAUGCCAAAAAAAAAGCUGCCAUACGAAAGUGCUGACAGGGCAUUAUUUUCUUUCUACAUGGCAUCAUAAAAGGCCUAAGCUUUAGGUGCUUCAAAUAAAAGCCCAAAUAUGAAAAAGCACAAAAAAGAAGCUUUCAUAUCCCCACAAGUUGACUGUUCUUGUGUGAUGGCAAUAAAAAAGUGCUCCUGUUCACCUGUUUGGUCUGGUCUGGUCGUCUUGAUGACGAUGCUUCCUAAGCUGUGUUGGAUGAAGAAGAGAUCAAGCUACCCUGCCAGCGAGCGGCCCCCGUCACUUGGGUCGUCCACUGCGCGGUGCCGGCACCACUCAGCUCGGUUUGAUGCUGCAGACACAAAAUAAACUGUGAAAACCAGGCAGCAUUGAACGCAUCAGUCAGUACAGACGUGGGAACAAACGACAACGGAGGGGCUGUAAUGACCUCACGUUGAAACAUACUAAUCUUAUCCUAGCGGAGGAUAAGGAUGUGCAGAAAAGCGGAGACUGGAGUAUGAAACGACAGCAUCCAAAAGCUAUGACCCAGCAGCAGGCUAAGCGAACGCUAGCAUGUUUGUUUGCUGGUGUCAUUUCUAGCUGUGUAUGCUAAAAUGAUACAGAGACUUGAAAUAGUAUCAGCUAGUACCUGAUUUUGCCAAUGGAAAUGCGCCCGCAGCGAGUAGGUACCUGCAAUUGUGAGGCAAACAGGCGGAGGACUGAGGGUUUGGUUUUGCACGAGUUUACUGGCAGAGCAGGUGCCACAUGAACAGGAAUGGAAGGAAAGACUACAAACAAAGAGUCCUACACAGAAACCAAAAGCAGACGAGAAGAGAAAGAAAUAAAAGUUAGCAAGCGACAUUAAAGCUUUACGGUGAAGCCGGCUGAGCGUCACUUAGUCCUGAUGCAAGUCCAGAUGUUCUCUUCUGGUAAAAAAGACAUGUGCUUUAGUUGGAGGGGGGGGGGGGCUGUUAGAGAUUGGCGAGCCGCCGUUGUGCAGAUCUUUGACGAAGCUACAGAAGCCUGGAGGCCGAGUCUCUGCGGCAGCAAAGAGUUUAUUUUUUCCUUUCCUUUCAGCGGAGCCUCACAUGGACUCAAACUCGUCGAUGCGUUGCUUGGUGUUGCCCUGGCGAAUCUGCCGCAGUGUCUUGUAUUUGUCUCGGCCCGCCCGCACGUUCUCGGCGUGCAGGACGUCGUUUUGGGUCUUCUUGCUGUCGUCCCGUGCCUCUGCCAACUCGGAGCUGAGAGCCUGGAAAGCGAGGCAGACAG